UUCAUCCUCAGCUGCAGAAGACGUCAGCCCCUCAGUGAGAAUGGACAUCCUCCUCUUCCUCGCUCUCCUCUUCCUCUGCCCCUUGCCAAACCUUGUGAGCGCAGAACCGCAGUGCCACAGUGACAAGGACGAGAACGACCGGGCGCGCGUGACAUGCGGGGCCAUGGGCCUGUCCUCCGUUCCCGCCGACAUAGACCCGGCCUCCCUGAACCUGAACCUGACCCACAACCUCUUCACCUCGCUGGACUGGGGAGCCUACACAGGCUUCCCUGGCCUGCACACGCUAGACCUGAGGCACAACCGCGUCGAAAAGCUGGAAGGCUCAGGCACGUUGGCUGAGCUCUCCAAGCUUCACCUCUCCAACAACCAGCUUGUGGACUUGCCAGCGAGGGCAUUCAUAAACGCCCCCAAGCUGAUGGAGGUCUUCCUUCGCUCCAACCACCUGCGCUCCGUCCACAAUGAAUCCUUCAGCGGCCUGCCCAUCCUGGAGAUAGUGGACCUAUCCCGGAACAGGCUGACCACUCUGCCCCCUGACUUCCUGGCCCAGAUCUCCUCCACCACCCUCAAGACCCUGGACUUGGAGGAGAACCAGAUCCGGGACAUGCCCCACAACUGGUUCGUGUCCAAGCCGGAUUUACCCUACGUCUUCCUCUCCAAGAACCCCUGGAAAUGCUACUGUGAGGUUGGCUACCUGCAGGUGUACCUGGAGGAUCAGGAGUUCAACGUCUACGUACACACCAACCCAGACAGUCCCAACCCCUUACUAUCCAUCGAGAAUGACCCUGAGAGCGUCGUGUGUGCCCACCCACCCUCGAUGCUGGAUCGACCAAUCAUGAACCUGAAGGAAGAGGACUACUGUGACAAAGCUCUGCUCUCUGAGGCAACGCCGCCGCCACUAGCACCAGCAGCACCAGCACAGCCUUUUGGAGACAUCGAUGGAGAUGACGUGGUACCGACCACGUUCGCGCCAACGACAAAAGUACCAACUACGACUGCUCCAACGACAAAAGUACCAACUACGACUGCUCCAACGACAAAAGUACCAUCCGUUGUUGUUCCGACGACAAAAGUACCAACCACAGUUGCUCCAACAACAAAGAUACCAACCGUGGUUGCUCUAACAACCACAGCUGCAACCACCACGACUGCUCCAACAACCACUGCCGAAAAAACAACUACUGCUGCUGAAAUGUCCACAGUCGCAGUUGUAGACACCACCACAGCAUCUUCCACAACUACAGUCCCGGUCACAACAGCCCAGAAUGUUAUCACGACACCUUUCGCUCUCGUGGCUUCGACUCUACCCAAGAGAGUCAUGACGUGGACGAGGAGGUGGCUGGAGAGCUGGACUGUGCGGCACGUGUGGACUGAGUCCUGGACGUCACGCCACGAAGAAUCUUUCAACUGGUCGUCCGAUUGGUCCAGUUUCUGGGUGACGACCUCAAACUGGCGUUCAGAGCAUACUCCGGAUCCAACCACCACACCUUGGACCACUACCACUACCACAGCUUCUGACUCCCCACCCCCCUCAACUCCUGCCCCACCUACUCCCUCCAGCACCCUCAGCCAUCCUAACGCUCUCCCCCCAGGUGACAGCACCUUUGGCGGGUCUCGCGGAGAGCGUGCCGGCGCCCGAGCCUGGUGCACCUGGCUGUUUGCGGCCCUGCUCCUGCUGUGCCUUCUCUCCGCCCUGGGCAGCUGCUUGCUCAUCCUGGGCCUGGCACGGGCCUACCUCACCCUCUACCGCCCGCUGGCUAGGAAGGUGGCCAAAUCAAAGGGCGCGGGCGAUGCCAGUGUCCGCCUCCUGGAUUACCAGGCGAAGGCGUGUGCCGAUGUGGAUGAUAAUGGGUUAGGCGGGUACGGCGGGAUGGCGCUGCCUGCGUUCUUGCCCAUCGACGCGUCAGGUGGGGUGCAGGCAUCGUUCCGCUCGGUUCUUUUCAUCGACAAGAAGGGCGAAGGAGAGGAGGAGGAGAAGGAAGACGGGAAGGAGGAAAAGAAGAGAGAUGAAAAGGAGGAGGAGAAAGAGAAGAAAGUGGGUGAUGGAAAGGAGGAAGAAGGGAAAGAAGCUGAAGCGGCGGCGACCGGCAAGACAGGACUGCAGAUCUCAUCCGUGGGAGCAGGGCUCGCUGUCGUGAAGAGACGGAACCCGGAACGCACGGAAGGUUCCGGAAGAGAGAACAACCAGGUGUUCCGAAAGACCCUGUACCGAGUGUUCAGCCACGAGGAGGAGGUCGAGGGAUGGAAGCAUGUGGAGGAGCACUGGGAGGAGAAGCGAGGGAUGACCGAAGCUGGAGAGCGUAAAGAAGACAGGAGGAAGAGAGUGAGCGUGAUCGGAGGAGGUGCGGGUGCGGACAGGAAGACGCGGUACAGCCUCAUCUUGAGGGAGGAGAAAGUAGAGAGCGACAGAAGCAGAGAACAGGAAGGAGGGAUGGAAUGGCUGGUGGGGGAGUGGGAGAUGGGGGGAUUAGGAGGAAGGAUGAACGAAGGAGACUGGGCGUCCCUUUUUAGUGGGAUAGGGGAAGACGGACCUACUUCAUCUGUUUAAUUCCCUCUGAACUAUCAGUUUCUAAUACGAUAGCUCUGAUAAUGACUCAUCUAUUCAGCUUGGGAUUCUCAACUUAUGAUCAUUAAUUUGGGACAUCCCUUUGUACAUAAAGACGAGCCAGCUUCAGAAGUGUAAUUAAUAAUCACCUAUGAUUAAUUCCCCACAUUGAAUGCAUUGGCACUCAGAAAACACUUGUUGUAAACACUGAAACACUAGUCAGGUGUUCACUGUUCUCACCUAAUAGAUGGUUAAACCUUUAAGCUGCAAUGUGAUCCAGCUUCUGUUUUCAAUUGAUGUUUGUCUCAUGGUGGUCUAAUUGGCAAACUGAGAGAUGAGUCCCAAUUGAACACCUAUUUAGGCUACUCAUCUUUUCUGAUGAUCAUUGGCCAUGCUUUCAUCAAAUGAAUUAUGGACCUGCAGCAUGUUCUGUUUAAUUCUUGGUAAUAAUCUCUGAUUUGUUCUGUAUUAUGUACAACAACGGUGGCCAAUUAUUUCAGCCCAAGGAGCACAUUGGGAUUAGAAUGUUGACCGGAGGGCCAGGUGUCUCAGGCAACUUGUUAAUUCCUGUACGUUGUAAUGAAUUUCAUGAAGAUGAAUACAGUAGCCUCCGUGCUUAGUUAAUCUCAAACUUGCAAGACCCUGGAAGCAUCACUUUGUUUUUUGAAAUUAGUUUUUCUUGUAAAGGCUCUGCGGGCCGCAUGUGGCCCCCAGGCCUGAGUUUUCCCACUUCUGAAGUGCAAUGACGCUGAGAAAAAGGAUGUUGAUUGCUCCUUUGUAUAUAAUCAAUAGAUGGACCUCCUUCAGUGGAACCGUCACCUGUGCAGCACACUUAAACACCUGAUACUUUGUUUAAUCUGUUUCGAAUUGUGAUGUACUAUUUAACUUGGAUGAUGAUAGUUAGUCAGUGUGCUAUGAUCACUUGUCAUCCCUUUUUAGUGUUAUACAGGGGAGAUGAGCCUGCUUCAGAAUAACAGUCAUCCAUUUAAUCAUCAUGUAUUAUAGCACUGAGAAAACACUGGUGUUUAUUAUUAAUAUUUUCUAUGAUUUUUUGGUGAUCUAGUAAAGUUAUGUAACGGUGGCACCAGCAAUAUAUACUGUAUAUUUUUUUAUUCCACUCUUCAGUUUCUAGAAUUGGACAGCAAAAUGUAGAUUUCACUGGCUUUGAAAAAUGAAUACAGACUAUAGAGGGGGCUCCAUUCUCUUCACUCCUCCACACUCUGUAUGACUACAGGCUUACUAUAUAGUGUAAAACAAACCACUAUAGCCUACCAUUACCUAACUGUAUCAUCUCCCUUCAAAUAAAGUUUUUUUUGUAACCACAUUGCUCAAAUGUGCUGAAAUUUAGCCUAUGCUACGAACCUACUGUGAGAUAAUGGUAAUGGUGAUAAUAUAAUGGCUUUUAAUGUGAAACA